AUGGAGAGGGCCUCCCAGAAGAGCAAAGCUAAGGAAAGACGAAUCAUCUUCAAGGUCAAGACCUCUGUACACAACUUGAGCAGAACUCAGAAGACCAAACUCACUGUGAGCAGCCUGGGGUUGGGCCUCAUCAUCAUCCAGCACGGGCCCUACCUUCAGAUCACCCACAUCAUCAAGAAGGGCCCCGCUGCCAAGGACGGGAAACUUAAGCCAGGUGAUGUCCUCAUUAAUGUUGGCCAUGUCAAUGUAUUAGGAUAUACUCUUCGAGAAUUUUUAAAGCUUUUGCAACAUAUUACCAUAGGAACAGUGCUACAAAUCAAAGUGUAUCGAGAGUUUAUCGACAUACCCCAAGAAUGGCGAGAAAUAUCUAAUUUGAUCCCGGAAGCCAAGUCUCCGGAACAAGACACACCAAAGAAAACUGAGCAGAAAAAACAUGACUCUUCUGAAAGUAGUGAUGACGAUGAAGAUGUAGUUUUAGAUAAGAGGUUUAGGUACUAUAGAUAUCCAUGGUCAGUUUGGCAUCACGCUGCUAGGAGACCACUAUCUAUCUCUAGAGAAUGGCAUGGAUAUAAAAAGAAGAGUCAAGCUAUUAGUGUUGGAAAAGAUCCCAACAGUGAUGUGCUAGUUCACCGAGAUCAACAGAAGGAAGCAAAAACCCCCUCUCCCUACUGGACAAUGGUGAAGCACGAUAGAGAGAGCUCUUCCUCAGCCUCUUCUACCUCAGAUGCCUUCUGGCUGGAGGACUAUGCUCAAGUGGAGAAGGGCAAGGCGUAACUGCCAUCAAAGGCUGGUCAGGUGGCAGUUUGUGAGUGUGGUCUUUAGAGCCUCUAGGCUGGAAAAGCCCUUGUUUUGUGUCUUACCUUGUAACAGGUUUGCAAGAAUUUUUAUAGGUAUGUUUCUAGACUGAGCAAGU